AUGGACGCCCAUGAUGCAAAGCCCCUCAUCGUCAACAAGGGAACUCCCGGGAUCUCAUACUUCACACCCGCUCAAUCACCCCCCUCGGGCUCAGCCAGAAAUCCUCAAUCCGAUGGCAGUCCAAUUCCCAAGCUCUUCCAACCUCUGACCAUUCGCGGAGUUACUUUUCAGAAUCGCAUUUUCCUGUCGCCUCUGUGCCAGUACUCGGCCCAGAAUGGCUACCUGACUGACUGGCAUUUGACUCACCUUGGCGGCAUCAUUCAGCGAGGGCCUGGCCUUGCAAUCGUCGAAGCAACGGCCAUCACCCCGGAAGGUCGAAUCACUCCUGAAGAUUCCGGACUUUGGGAAGACGGCCAAAUGGGCCCAUUGAAGAGGAUCGUUGAGUUCGCCCACAGCCAGAGCCAAAAGAUCGGUAUUCAGCUGGGCCACGCGGGUCGCAAGGCGAGCACGGUUGCUCCUUGGCUGAGUCGGGGCGAUACUGCUCUGAAGGAAGCCGGCGGCUGGCCUACCGAGACACUUGCUCCAAGUGCCAUCGCCUUCCAGGAUACCUACCCUGAUCCGAAUGCCCUCACGCUUGAGGGCAUUCAGAGACUCAAGAACGCUUUUGUGGACGCCGUCAAGAGAGCAGUCAAAGUUGGGUUCGACGUCAUUGAGAUCCACGGCGCCCAUGGCUAUCUUCUUCACGAGUUUCUGAGCCCAGUCAGCAACAAGCGGACCGAUCAAUACGGCGGCUCCUUUGACAACCGCACACGACUCGCUCGAGAAAUCGUCGAGGCCGUGAGGGCUGUCAUCCCCAAGGACAUGCCUCUUUUCUUCCGAAUCAGCGCCGACGACUGGCUGAAAGGUCAAGACGAAUUCCCAGAGAGCUGGACUAUCGAGGAUACGAUCAAGCUGGCCCCAAUCCUGGCCGAGUUGGGUGUGGAUCUUCUCGAUACCAGUUCAGGCGGCAUCCACCCUUCCCAACAAAUCAAAGGGGGACCGGGCUAUCAAGCUCCGUUUGCACUGGCGGUGAAGAAAGCGGUGGGAGAUUCUUUGCUUGUCGGAACUGUUGGAUCCAUCACAACGGGGACUUUGGCUGAAGAGCUUCUCGACCAAGGCCUGGACACCACUUUCGUCGGACGAUAUUUCCAGAAGAAUCCCGGCCUUGUUUGGACCUUCGCCGAGGACCUAGGUGUCGAGAUACACGUUGCAAACCAGAUAUCCUGGGGCUUUCAGGGCCGGGCGGGUGGUAAAGGCCAGCAGGAGCACAAAUCAGCUCGGUAA